GUUAAAUCAAAUUUUAGGGUUUUAGUGUUAAAUCGAAUAUUAAGAUGUUGAUGGUGUUGCCUUGAAUCUUGAUUUUGCUCAAGUUGUCGACUUUGUGAAGGAGCGCCUGGGCAAAGAGGUUGAGAUGGCUGGCUGCAAAGGACCCAUAACAACAUUCAUUGUUGAACCCUUCAUUCCCCACAAUGAAGAGUUUUACCUUAAUAUCGUCUCAGACCUACUUGGAAACAGCAUAAGCUUCUCCGAGUGUGGAGGAAUUGAUAUUGAGGAGAACUGGGUUAAGACCAUAUUUGUCCCUACUGGAGUUGCUUUUACAUCAGAAGUUUCUGCUCCACUUGUUGCAACCCUUCCCUUGGAGAUCAAAGCAGAACUUGAGGACUUUAUCAAAGCCGUGUUUACUCUAUUUCAAGAUUUGGACUUCACUUUUCUGGAGAUGAAUCCUUCUGCAUUGGUUGAUGGAAAGCCAUAUCCUUUGGAUAUGAGAGGCGAGCUGGAUGACACUGCUGCUUUCAAGAACUUCAAAAAGUGGGGCAGUAUUGAAUUUCCAAUGCCUUUUGGAAGAGUUAUGUGUUUUGGAAGAGUUAUGUGUAAAGAUUCCCAGUGUGGAGGAAGUGACAAAACUAAAAGGUCAGCUUGCGGCUCAGGGUGAGCAGAUGAGCAUGAUUGUAUGGGCCUUACAAAUGUCCGGCCUCCAAAUCCCGAUGCCAGCACCUGAUCUUGCUCUAUCUUCGACCUCCCAACCACUUCGCCCAGCCGAUACUCAGUAGCCUUAUGUAUCAAACCUAGAAGACUACUUGUAGUUUGUUCUUUUUUGUUCGAACAUCUUGUAUGUACAUUUUCAUAUACUUUAUAAUUAAAUACUUUUUCUUUGUUUA